AUGCUUGUCGAAGAGGCUUUCCAACAGCAUGAAUGUGCGUCACCUAAAAUGACAGAAAAAUCAGCAUUAUGCUACAGCCAAGCUUCAAAAAGCUUGUAUUCUAAUGCUAGUCCAGAGACGAGGAGACGCCCUACGGCGAGCGUGUACACCCGGGACGGGCGUCCAAAAGUUUCGCAGUCGGCUAUACGAGAACUAUGCCAGCUCCUACCCAACCGCGAGAUUAGUUACUUGCUUGUGGACAACUAUUUUGACAAGAUCCAUUGGUACAUGUUGCUCUUCCACCAGCAUAGAUUCAGAGAUGCUCUGAAUUCUCUCUAUCUAGAUACGAGUUCUGCUGCUCCGGCUACUGGUCGACAGGACGAGUCUACGGCUGGGUACAUUAGUGUGCUUCUUGCCGUAUGCUCCUUGAGUCUUCGGUAUACCAAUACCGCACAACGAGAGCAACUGGCCAAGUACGGCGUGAAUGCAGUGUCGCUGAGAGAAUCAAUUUUGAACACUUUGAGACUAAGGCUUCUUGAUAUUCUCGCCCUUGGGUCUCUAGAAGCUGUUCAGCUAUGUGUUCUCUUGGGCAGCUAUUACCUCUACCAUGGCGAGCCAGAACUCGCUUGGCCUCUUUGUGGAUGUGCCCUCCGACUCGCCCAAGCACUUGAAUUACAUCGACGGCCUAUGCCUGGCAUGGUGUCUCAGCAUGAGACUGAAGUGAGAAAGCGCUGCUGGUGGGCUGUACAUGAGAUCGAGACCUACUGCUCGAUGAUCUACGGCUUUCCACUCAGCAUGUCCGAUAGCGAUUGCAAUACCGAGCCUCUGGGUCCAAGUGACCAAUGGUCUAUUGCAGCAGAUGGGCAGCCAUCAUCUUCUCAGCAGCCAACCCUCUUAGUUUACAAGUGUUCUAUGUCUGCUUUGUCGAAGCUUAUAAAGUCUGCACUAGAAGGUCUUUAUAGAUCUCGACAGAAACAGCACAGGUCUGAGAUCAACGAUGCUCAAAAUGAGAAGUCUAGGAGAUUCUACUUCAUUACUGACAGAAUCAAGGCUCUAAACACAGAGCUGGUUGAAUGGUACGAUAAUCUCCCUCCCAAGCUCAAGAUGGGUAGGCUGUCCGGUCUACCAACAUCAGAGGUUGGAGGAGAUCUGGCGAGUCAUACGCAAAGUCAUGACACCUUUGGUGAGAAGCUAUUCAAGCUACAAGCACUGGCAUUGAAGCUAGCUUUUGAAAAUACCAGGAUAUUAAUUCACCGGCCGCUUCUUCUACGAAAAGACGGCGAGGCAACGAAGUUACCCCCUUCAACUACAAAACCAAUAGUACCAUCAUUGCCCGAAAGCUUGUCGGCCUACAGCCGGACGUGCCACGAUGCAGCUCUUCAGAUAUCGUGGGCAGGUCAUAUGCCCAUAUUCAGAGACGCGUCCACUACGUAUGCGCUGAACUUCAUUGCUUUGCACCUUCUCACUGCUGGUGUCACGCUCGGUAUCAUGACGAGCUUGAAUCCUCUCAGUCAGGAAUCCUUCGAGGCUAAGCUGGGCAUUCGUCGGAUUAUGGAAAUGCAGGUCUCCUUGAAACCCGACUCCAUUGUGGCAGAUCAAGGCCUUCAAAUUCUAAGGAAACUCUUCGUUCUCGUCAUGAAGAAAGAAACCCAUUCGAUGCUUGAUUUCGAUCCCCAGGGCCAGACAGGGGAUGAGCGUGGGAGCGCGCAAGAAUGCCAAGAUGGAGGUAAUCUACCAACAAGUCCCGGCAUAUCAAAUGAAAACCAGGCUCAAACUGUCGAGCCUGGCGUUCGGUCUGAUCAUUUUACCCUCGCUGAUCAGACUUCCGAUAUGACUGCUGGCUUCCAGCCUGACACAUUCACGCAAUCUAUUCCUUUUGAAUUUCACCAGCCAACCCCACAAUCUCCAAUGUCAGGAGCUAUGCUCGCUGUUGAACAGGCCGCGCUCGCCCUCUUCUUCCUAUACAACACGGCUUGGAAUCUGCCGCAGUUCGAUCUUGGCAAUCACGAGCCGACCAUGACGACCAUCGCGGGCCUGAAGCUGUCCAUCAGCCAUACGCCGGGCUCGUCCCCCCCCGAGAUUGUAGCCACGGUCACCAACGACAACGCAUUCCCCGUCUCAAUCUUGAAAUACGAGUCGCCACUUGAUCCGCUUGUUCUGGCACUGGGAAAGCUACAGAUAACGCCAGCUGGAGCGGAUGCGCCUCUGGACCUGCCCAAGAUAGCUGUGCGCAGGGUGUGGCCUCCUACUCGGGACCAGCUCGUGACUCUCGAGCCUGGUGAGAGCCAGCAGAAUCCUGUUCCUUUGCGAGAGCAGGUUGUGCCGCCCGGUGAUUUAGCUGGGGAAGUAUCGAUAGAAAUCAAAGGAAGGUGGCAAGCGGUUUGGUCGAAAAGAAAGGAGGACAUUGACGACGGCUCCUUGGAGAAUCCUAAUGUUAGUCCUGAGGUUGAACAUGGGGAAUAUGCGACAGCCAAACUCAAGCUUCACUUUUGA